AUGAACGCACUUUACGAAGAGCUGGAGGAAGUGAUUCGCAACGAGAAGUCCUUCUACAAAUUCUUUGUCGGAGUCUUCGACGCAAAACUAGGAAAGGUUACAGCAGAGGAACAUAGGAUCGGAGGAUUUGGACUAGGGGACCGGGAUGAAAAUGGUACUCGUCUCGCUGGGCUGUUGUCCGCCUUUCUCAUGAAAAUUUUCAUGAAGAAAGAUCAUCGUCGGUGGACACGUGAACUGUCCCAUGGCGCGACUCGUGCGGGGAUAGACCACAUACUCACCAACCGGAGGUGGUGUCUACUCGACGUCUUGGUAGUACCAUCCUUUUGUAGUGGUUCUGAUCACCGUCUCCAUCGUGCAAAAAUACGACUUAGCCACAUGAUGAAAAAGAACAACUGUUAUCGGCAACGAAGAAGAAAAGAAGUCGUCUACGACGAUUGCAUACUCGAGGACUCUUUCUCUCAAGGUGACUGGCACAUCGAGAAGAACCCAAACGUGGAAUACGAGAUGCUGCUCAGAGGAUUACGAGUCUGUGCUGAGCGUGCCUCGAAGCCGCGCACGACAAACGUGGAUCGAAUUUCGAAGACCACCAAGUAA